CAAAAGUGAGGUUGGAAUGAAAUAUAAUCUUAAAUGUCUAGCAGAGUGUUACAUAUAAUCAACUAUUGCAUGGGCGUUACUUGUUCUGAGUAAUGUAGCAGAGCAACAUUACAGCCCUCCUUUUUUCCUCCUCCUCCUCCUCCCACUCCGCCCUUUUGAUUUUCUAUUCUUUUCAAGUCACAACUUGACCAAAACUUUAAUGCGACGGAUGGAUGUUGAGACAUAAAGUUAAAAAAAAAAACAUAGUGUGCUGUAGUAUACUGUGAGCUGCUGGUGGAUCUGUAAGGUUUAUUCCCUCGGUGAUGUGACCGCCCCCCCCUCCGAUAAGGAUCAUGAGCGACAACGACAUCCUCGAGAUGGAGUCCUUAUCUGACGCGGACUAUUUGGAAGGAGAGUUGGGCAUGAUAGACGAAGAACUCGUUUACCCUGAGGAGUUUUUACCAACAUAUCACUCUAUUAAAGAAGGAUCCAAAGUAGCCAAAGCACAACUGGCAGAGUUCAAUGAAGAACCGGACUCUUUAUUCUUCAAUGAUGGUUUGAGGCGGAUUGACUUCAUCCUCGUCUACGAAGAUGAAGACAAGAAGGAUUUUGAGAAGAGGCAUACUUACCAGAGGCGCAAGAGACGGCGAGAGUACUUUGAGGCCAGCCUGAUGAAGAUGGGAAUGGAGUUGGAGGCAACACGAUCUGUAGUUGAUGAAAAACUGAUGUUCGUCAAGGUCCACAUGCCGUGGGACGUGUUGUGCACCUACGCCGAGGUCCUGCACAUCAAGCUUCCUAUCCAGCCCAAUGACCUGUCCUCGCGCCCGUCUCCAUGGCGCCAUUUUUCCUUCAUCACCAAGUACUUCUACCCCAACGAGGACCUGAUCACCAAGGAGGCUGACUUCUUCACAGCUCCCUUUGAGAAAGACCGCCUGGAGUACUUCUACAUCAAGGACAAGGACCUCUUCUUCACUCCUGCCAUGAGGAGCAGGAUGGCUUAUUACAUCCUGAGCCGUGCCCCAUAUGAAAUACGUGGGAAUAUUAAGAAGUUUGGUAUCACAAAACUGCUGGAUGGUUCUGUGUACAAAGCUGCCUACCCUCUCCAUGACUGCAGGUUCAAUGUCAAGUCCAAUGAAGAGGGUUGCCCCAACGAGAGAUUCCUCCUCUAUAAUGAAUGGGCUCAUCCCAAAAGCUUCUACAAGAUGCAACCACUUGACCUAAUAAGGAAGUAUUAUGGAGAGAAGAUUGGCAUUUACUUUGCCUGGUUGGGUUUCUACACGAUAAUGCUCAGUCUGGCUGCUGUUGUGGGAUUGGGUUGUUUCAUUUAUGGGUACAAAACUCAAGAAACCAGCACUUGGAGCAAAGAGGUGUGCAACCCUGAGAUCGGAGGAAAAAUUGUGAUGUGUCCGCAGUGUGACAGGGAAUGCAAAUACUGGAGGUUAAACAGCACCUGUGAAGCUUCGAAGAAACUGUGCAUAUUUGAUAACUAUGGAACCCUGGUGUUUGCAGUUUUUAUGUCAAUCUGGGUAACUUUGUUCCUGGAGUUUUGGAAACGCUACCAGGCGGAGCUUGAGUAUGAGUGGGACACCGUGGAGUUUCUGGAGCAGGAAGAGCCACCCCGUCCAGAAUAUGAAGCCAAGUGUAUCUACGAGAGGAAAAACCCUGUCACAGGGGUGAAAGAAAACGUGCCAUACACAACCUGUGGACGAUGUAUUCGGGUGUCAGUAGGAAUUGGUACAGUUUUAUUCUGGAUACUGUUGAUCGUGGCAUCCAUUGUGGCCAUCACCGUGUACCGCCUGGCUGCCUUCUUUGCCUUCUCAGCGAGACUCAGAGCUCAGGAGCUGCAGCCGUUAAAGGAGUAUGUGACGCCUCAGAUGGCCACCUCUGUCACAGCCUCCCUGAUAAGCUUUGUUGUCAUCAUGAUCCUCAAUGUUCUGUAUGAGCGGGUCGCCGUCUGGAUCACUGACUUUGAGCUUCCAAGGACGAAGACAGACUAUGAGAACAGCUUGACCCUGAAGAUGUUCCUCUUUCAGUUUGUCAACUAUUACUCCUCUUGUUUCUACAUCGCAUUCGCCAAAGGGAAAGCAGUUGGCUAUCCCGGAGAGCCCGUUUAUCUCUUGGGAAAAUACCGAAACGAGGAGUGUGAUCCUGGUGGUUGUCUGAUUGAGCUGACGACUCAACUCUCUAUCAUCAUGGGUGGAAAAGCCAUCUGGAAUAACUUCCAAGAGGUCUUGCUACCCUGGGUGAAGAAUUUAAUUUUCCGCUAUUGCACCCAUGUGGCCUCACAGAAAGUGAUUCCUCGUUGGGAGCAGGACUACGAGCUCCAGCCAAUGUCAAAACUAGGACUGUUCUAUGAAUAUCUUGAGAUGGUCAUCCAGUUUGGCUUUGUGACCCUGUUCGUGGCCUCCUUCCCUCUGGCUCCGGUCCUGGCUCUGGUCAAUAACGUGUUUGAGAUUCGGGUUGAUGCUUGGAAAAUGACCACUCAGUUUCGCCGCAUAAUGCCAGAGAAGGCCCAGCAUAUAGGAGCCUGGCAGCCAAUUCUUCAAGGAGUCGCCAUCUUGGCUGUUGCAACAAAUUCCAUGAUCAUUGCUUUUACAUCAGACAUGAUUCCACGGCUGGUGUACUACUGGUCUUUCUCCGUGUACCCGUAUGGAGAUCAUGCUAGUAACACCAUGGAGGGAUACAUCAACAGCUCGCUAUCUACAUUCAACACCAGCGAUUUCUCCGAACAUAGCAGACCCAUGAACGCAUCGGAGAGCAUCACCACCUGCAGGUAUCGAGAUUUUCGGUAUCCUCCAGGACACCCCAGGCAGUAUGAGUUCACUAUGUACUACUGGCAUGUGAUUGCUGCCAAACUGGCUUUUAUAAUUGUUGUAGAGCACAUUGUUUACCUUACCAAGUUCAUCCUGGCCUACGUGAUCCCAGACGUCCCAUACGCAGUCAGAGAACAAAUGAAACGGGAGAAAUACUUGACUCAGGUUAUCCUCCACGAGACCAACCUCAAGCUGGUGACCAAACGUUUGAAACCAGUUGAUGAUGAGAUCUUCAAGCACAUAGAGGAGACAGUGCCAAAGGAGGACAUAGAGCUUGAUUUCUGAAAAUAGACAAAUACAGAACAAAUACAACGGCUCUUGUGAAGUUCUGAAAAUGUACGAAUAAAAACCAAUGUUUACUUCUGAACAUCUGGUUUAAUAUGGACCAACACCUUGUGAACAAGUGAUAAAAUUAAGAAUGUAGCAACCAGUAUGAAAAAAAGGCCUAAAGUCCAGUUCAGACAAAAGAUUCACAAGAAGAAGAAGAUUGCAGGGAAAGGUUGUAGCAGUGUGAACUUGCCUGUCUCAGCUUGAUGGAAGCUGGGCUGAUGGCGUCACCUGCGACUCAACUUGUCAAGUCGCCAGUGAUUGGCUUUAGAUAAUAAUAGUCAGGAAGUCUGAAGGAGACGGUGUUGAAAGUAGGGGUGGGACUAACUAUCCAAACAGGACUACAUCAUAGUUUUUGUGAUACAACUCAUUGGGAAAGGAUAUUCCUGUUUCGGUGUUGAGGUUUGAGUUUGAUGUAAUUUUACCGAAGUUAUAACUGUAUAUAACUCUAUGGAAAUAACUAACUUAGCUAAACUAACUAACUUAACUAAAUAUUCAAACUUAAUGUUUAAGCACUAAUUUGCAAACAUUGACAUUAAGUAUAUAUGGUGCAUAUUUAGUUCAAAGACCAUUGCUCAUUGUUUUUUGCAACCAGGAUUUCAACUCUGUGCCUUCCACCUUAACACCUUAACCAUUUGCUGUAUUGAGCAGGCUCCGGAUUAAAUUGUAACAGCUGCUGAGUCUGCGUGUCAGCAGAUCCAUUUCCAUGACAACUGAUCAGACUGCGCAAGGCUGUGUGAUGUUGUUGACAGCUGUGGGAAAAAGCUGGUCGACCUUGAUUUAGGGAUUGUUUUGUGAAAGCUAUUUGUUGGAUGAUUUCACCUUUAGUGCCUUGUGUUUUAUAGUUUGAAGUGGCUGUAUCUGCCUGCAGCAGCGACGGUGUCUCACUCCGUCCAUUUGGCUUUAUGCUAGCGGCUCAAAGCUUUGACACACAGGCGAUCGAUCAAGUGCCACUUCUGGGUGAUUGUUUUAGUCACAUGCUGUCAUAAAAUUUCAGUAUUAUUAAAUGCAAAACAAAUGCACAACUUCUGAAUGCAAUGUUAAUGAGAAAGUGUUUCAAUUGUAUUUCUGUUAGUAUAACAAAAGACCUGUAGUGGUCUGCCAAACAGCUCACAAUGUUAAAAAAGGGAGUUACAUGCAGUUAGAAUACACAUGGACUAACGUUUUCACAACAUAUACUGACUAAAUGUGCCAUAGAUGAUAGUUAUAAGCUCAUAUAACCUUAGAAAUGUUCUUGAUUGUAUUGUUCAGGUUUAAUCAGUUCAGGAGGUAAAUUUUUUGCCAGUUCAAAGGUUGAAAGUUUACAAAAUCAUUAUGCCAAGUACAGUCCAGUUCAUUAUAUAUUUCUAAUGAAAUGAGUUGAGUCCUGCCAAGUGGUUUAGUUGAUGAUGUGAGUGUAGUCUUAGCCUUCUUCUCUAUGCAUGUACUCGCAUCUACUGUACUGCACUUUUUGCUGACAGGGCUACAGCUCUGUGCCAUGAUUACUGCACUGCACAAGAUUAUGACUGCAUGUUUUAACCUGUGAUGUACAGAAUACAAUAAUGUCAUCCUCCUGUGUCAUUGCUGAAAUCUUCCGAAAUCAAUACCACUGCUCUGUUAUUGCCUCACCAUAAAUAGGGUAAUAUAAUCUGCCAUGUGAACAUUAUCCUAUACCAGCAAUAUCUGAUGAUGAAUAUACUGUAUGUCCUUGUUGUUGUUUUUGUUUUAUACAGUGCCAUUAAAUUGUUUUAUA